AUGAAUUUGGGUGAUCAUAAGAAAUUUUCUGUUCAUUUGGAUAUGUCUGCUUUUAAAUAAAUUCUAAAUACUGCUCAUCCUCUCUCGACAAAACGUAAAAUUGAAACAAGUCCUACUAGUCCGAAUACUUCAAGACCUCAUUCUGAUAAGAAGUUUAAACCUGUUAAACCUGUUUAUUCAAAUACAAAUAAAAACAUUCAUUCCAUUUAAAAUAUCAUAUAGAAUUUCAAAAGUAAAAUAAAAAAAGAAAAUGAGAAUACAUCUACCCAAAUAAUUUCUAAAUAUCCACUUUUAGUAGAUUAAUUUAUUAAGUCUUAGAAUCUUACAUAAAGUGAAAUACAGGAGUUAUAAUAGUUAAAAUAAGUUUAUUAUUAUAAGCAAAGUAAAAUUAUAGAAGCUGGAGCAAAUGGACAAUAUUUAUGUUAUGCCUAAGAUCAUAUUAGAUAUUAAUAUGAAAUUAUUAGUCUUAUAGGAUAAGGUAGUUUUGGAUAGGUGUUUUAAGUUUUUGAUCAUAAAACAAAGAAGACCUUUGCUUUAAAAAUUAUUAGAAAUUAAGAGAAAUUAAAAAAAUAAGCUUAAAUUGAAGCAGAUCUUUUAAAAUUAGUAAAAGAACGAGAUCCAUUAAAUUAAUCACAUAUUGUGAGAAUAGAAGAUUAAUUUCUAUUUCGUGGUCAUUAAUGUAUAGUUUUAGAAAAGAUGGAGAAAAACAUUUUUGAAGUUUUAAAAGAAUAAAAAUUUAGAGGAUUUAAUUAUGAUAUUCUAAAAUAGAUUGCUUAACAAAUUUUAGUGGCUUUAAAUUAUCUGUAAAAAUUAAAUAUUGUUCAUUGUGAUUUGAAACCUGAGAAUGUGAUGAUGUAAGACACUAGAUAAAAAAUUGUUAAAUUAGUUGAUUUUGGUUCUGGAUGUAUAGAUGGAAAUUAAGUAUACACAUAUAUUUAAAGCAGGUAAAUAAAUAUUGUAUUUUAUUAUAGAUAUUAUAGAGCACCUGAAGUUAUAUUUGGAUUAAAAUAUGGAAUAGAAAUAGAUAUGUGGAGUUUUGGUUGUUUAAUAGCAGAAAUACAUUUAGGAUCUCCAAUAUUUCCUGGUGAUAAUGAAAUAGAUUAAUUUCAUUUAAUAAUGGAACUUUUAGGAAUACCUUCAAUUGAGUUUAUAUAAAAAUGUCCUAGAAAAAAACAUUUUUUUGAUGAAAAUGGAAUUCCUAAAAAAACAAUCAAAUAUUAUCGAAAUCCAAAAUCAAUAAAUUUACAUGAUCUUCUAAAAACUACAGAUGAUGAUUUUGUUGAUUUUUUAAAUAAAUGCUUUACUUGGGAUGCCUAAUCUCGAUUAAAACCUUCAGAUGCAUUACGUCAUCCAUGGUUAUAAAGUAUAGUAUCUUAGAAUAGUCUUUAUAAAAUUUAAACAGAAUGUAAUCUAUUUUAAAAAUCUAAAACAUUUUAAUCUAAUACAAUUUUUAAAGAAUUCGAAAAGAAAUUAUCAAAAGAUAAUAUUUUUUUAAAAUUAGAAUAAACUAGAACACUUAUAACAAAUAAUUUGAAAGAAAAUAAACCUAGUAAAUUAUUAUUUAUAUUUAUUCUAGAUUUAGAUUCAAAAUAUAUGAAUGAGAGACCUAUGUUAACUGAUAGAGUAAGAUCGAAUAUUCCUCAUUCAGUUCAUUCAAUUUUAUCAUGUAGAUCAAAUAAUAAAAAUAAUGUUUAAUUUAAUAGAAAACCAUCUUUAGGAUGA